GGCAGAAGAAGAAAAAGAAGAAGUCUGGUUGGCUACAAACAUUCGUGAUGAUGUUCGCUAGCUCGUGACUCCGUUUUCGUUUCGUUGUACAAGGGCUUAAAGUAGCACAAGUGGGAACUUCCUAAGCAACAAAUGUCUCUUUGAGAACUCGCAGGGCUAGACGUGUGGGCUUUUGAGGCCUCCUUUAACUGCUCGUCAAGAAAAUAGUAGCCGACUUUUGAGCAUUAGCUAGCCAAGUUGUUUCCCUCUAAUCUGUGAAAACGUGAACAGCAUCGACAUGAAUGUUGACAACGCCAACCAGUCUGUCACCACCGGAAUUUCGUCUAACGCCACGACGUCUUUAACUUCAAGCAAUUGUACCGCAAAUGAAAAUGCGGCGGCCAGUAUCGGCAGCGUCCCUGCGGUCACCAGCAAUGCUUCGACUCCAACCCCUAUGGUGACAUCCUCGUCAUCAUCUGACUCAUCUGUACCCAAUGGAGUUUAUGUUCCAGGAGGCAUCACUAACGGAGACAUUAAGUCCGCCGUCUCCACAACCCCACUGGCUGACUUCGUCAUGCAGCUGGAAGAGUACACUCCCACGAUUCCUGAUGCAGUGACAGGCUACUACCUCAACCGGGCUGGCUUUGAAGCAUCUGAUCCAAGAAUAAUACGUUUGAUCUCCCUGGCCUCGCAAAAGUUCAUUUCAGACAUUGCCAACGACGCGCUGCAGUAUUGUAAAAUGAAGGGGACUGCGUCAGGAAGCUCAAGGAGCAAGACAAAGGAUAAGAAGUACACUCUGACAAUGGAGGACCUGGCCCCUGCUCUCGCGGAAUAUGGCGUCAACGUCAAGAAGCCCUACUACUUUACAUAGAUGUGUGUUCCUUUUGCAUCAUCUAGUUUUAAUUCUUGGCUAAUCUGCUAGUUUGUCAACAUGCUCAUUUUCAAUCACAUUGCUUUAGUGCAGUUUUGACAUGUUUUGAAAUCAUUGUUUAGUUGUGGGGUUCCACCUUUGACUUUUUUGUUUAGAAAUGUACGUUUUAUUGUGUAAAUAAAACCCUAAAGGUAAA